AUGUUGGCCCCAUCUCCCUCCUUCAGCACCCUCAUCCAGGGAUUCCUCCUCCUCUCCACCCUCUUCGCAACAGCCCACGCAACAAACGUCUGGGCAACCGCCCCCAAUACCGCCGUCUUCUACUGCGGCGAGGACGGCAAACGAGGAACACAGACGGGAGCAAAGGCCACGAAGUGGGCCAUGGGGGCCGCAAAAAAAUCAAUGUACGCCACCGGGCGCCCCGAAUACCAAAACAUGAAGACUGUCGGCAUGGUCCAGCUGGCCAACAAGCAGCCUAAAGUCGGGGCCGCCGAAUCAAAGCUGUUUGCCGAGGGGGCCUCGGGCGUCGUCAGACUCUUCGAGGACAAACUGAACGCGGAUGGCAUGAAUGGCGUGUGGAAGCAGCAAGAGGAGCCUGCUUUGUUGAGGAACGCAGCGGUCACAGCCCUGCACGUCUUGAACCCCGACGACCCGGACAUGGAGUUCAUCGUCUGGGAGCGCAAGAACGGUCAGAUCGUCUACAAGGACCCAAAGUACAAGACUACCGGACUCCCUAUCUCGAGAUUGGAGGAUUUCGAUCUUGUUUGGCAGCCAGCUUCUCCUCCAGGCUCGCCAAGUCGAGCAGGAAGCCCAAGUCGAGCGGGAAGCCCAAGUCGAGCGGGAAGCCCAAAAGCAGCAAGCCCAAAAGCAGCAAGCCCCCCAAAGGCGGGAAGCCCUUCAAGAAGCUCAUCAAAGAGCCCAACCAGGAGCACCGGGCGCAAGGUCAGGAGAUCUAGACAGUUCUAA